AUGUACGGAUUUGCUAACUUCAUUGGGGUCUAUGUAGAGCAAUGGAUCAAGAAUCGUACCACAGCCGGUAACAAUGCUGUGCCAACGAUGUGCGAAAUUGGAAAUGCCAUCAAGGACUACGUAUCCAGCCACUUAAACGAGUUGAUCGCUUGCGUUGGUCAAUACAAUCAGGCAACAGCGGGCACUGUGGCCUCGGAUGCCGCUCAGAUCAUGCUUGUAAUGAACAAUUACAAUCUCGACGAGAUAGCUAACGGUGCUACAUGUGGAGCGAUGUCUUGUCUACAAGCUGCUUAUAAUAAUGGGCUUGUACCCAUCUACAAGGCAUGGAUCUCUAAUAAGGCCAACUAUACAACUAUUCAAAAUCAAGUUUGCGUGCUUUGUGUCAAUUAUGUGUCAACGGCGACCGUUGGAAAAUGCUUUGAGAACAUCAAAGCAAGAACAAGAGUCGCAGUGUUGACGAAUCUUUACGAUAAGUAUGUGCCCCACUACUUUGGAUUGUACCAACACUACAGAGAUGUUUCGACGGUUGCCUGCAUGACCAAAUCGCUCCAAUGCGGCUGCAACAUAACCGUCAACGCCACCCAAGCGAAUCAAGCUGCCAGCGCAGCUGCUUCAGGC